AAACAAUUCAUUUGCCUAUAAAAAGAGCUUGACUUUGAUAUCAACCUUCUCUAUCAUCUCCCAAGAGUUAAAUUCUCUCACAUUUGUUGAAUUGCAGACUUUUUUUCUGAGCUCAAGAAAAAGGAGAAACCCUAGAAAUUUGUCUUGAUCAUAGACGUGAUGGGGAGGGGGAAGAUUGCAAUCAAGAGGAUCGAUAACUCGACGAGCAGGCAAGUGACGUUCUCCAAGAGGAGAAGUGGGCUUCUGAAGAAGGCUAAGGAGCUCGCGAUUCUUUGUGAUGCAGAAGUUGGAGUAAUCAUAUUUUCCAGCACCGGAAAGCUCUAUGAAUUUUCAAACACCAGCAUGAAAUCAGUGAUUGAGCGUUACAGUAAAACAAAAGAGGAACAUCAUCAACUGCUGAAUCCAGGGUCCGAGGUAAAGUUUUGGCAAAGGGAGGCAGCAACUUUAAGGCAACAAUUACAGGAUUUGCAAGAAAAUCAUCGGCAAUUGAUGGGAGAAGAACUCUAUGGGUUGAGUGUCAAAGACUUACAGAGAUUAGAAAACCAACUGGAGAUGAGCCUGCGCGGCGUGCGCAAGAAAAAGGACCAGAUGUUUUCUGAGGAGAUUCAAGAACUCAGUAGAAAGGGGAAUUUCAUCCACCAAGAGAACGUUGAGCUGUACAAGAAGGUAAAACUCAUCGAACAAGAAAACAUGGAAUUGUACAGAAAGGCUUAUGGUGCAAGGGAUGUAAGUGCAGCAAAUGGAACUGGAUUUGCUGCUAAUUACGGUUUCACUGUUAGCAGAGACGUGCAUGGACCGAUACAGCUUCAACUUAGCCCGCCUGCGCCACAAAAUUCUGAAACUGCAGAAACAGCUACAGAAUCAAGGUAAGGGUAAAAACGGCAGUCAAUUCUUGUACAUUAGCAGCUAAUGAUAUAGGGUUGGAUCCCAGCUGCAAUAAAGAGCUAGCAAGCAUGCAUGGAGUGGAUUACCUGCCGAGAUCAGGCAGCUGCAUAAAGAGGGGUUUCUCCAGUGUACGUACGUUGCUGGGAAUUGAACUGCCUUUGAAACAUAAAUCUAGUAUUGCAACUGUACUUAUUAAUUACCAUAAAAGAAAUGGUUUAUUUGCCUCAAAUUUGUAUUAUGCAAAAUCUCUAAUUUAGGGGACUCCACAUUUAGAUUAAUUGUAAUCAGAUGCAAAUUAAUGUAAAAUAUUUGGCUUGACCUGGAACUUAAUGCAUUAAUUAAUUAAUAUAAACUCAAAUUUGA